UCCAGUUUUAAAAUAAUUCCUGCACAGUUGUUCUUGGUGGUCACUCGUAACGUGCUAUGGGACAUCUAGCUAAUAGGUAUAAACGGAUUACUUGCCUCUCAAACAUUUCACUCAACACUCUUGAAUCUUUCGAUUCCUUGCCUCCUCUUGGCGCCCUCUCUUCCUACAUUACUUAAAAAACAUUUAUCAACCCUUGUUAAUUUCUCCUAGUCUCCUCACGUCAAUUAAUUAAGCCACUGUAUACCUUAGCAUUAUCUCUCUUCUUCUUCUUCUUCUUCUUCUUCUUCUUCUUCUUCCCCCCUCUCUUUUUGCUCAGUUUCUUCCCAUAACCAUGCCCCGGGUAUCUUUCGGGGACUCCUCACCUGAACCGCACCUCUUCAACAAGAAAGUCCAAUAUGUCGGAGAUCGUAGUCAAGGCCCGUACGGUCCCUAUGAAGACCGCCACACGCCGCCGCCGGGCCUUUUCGGAGACAAAGCCCGCCAUCCCGAUUAUGGUCCUGGCCAAUACCAGCCACCUGUGGAUCCUUCCUCAUCGCAACCAGGCCCCUUAGGCGACAACGCUCAUCACGACGAGCGCACGCAACCGCACGCUAACAAUGGAGAGAGUUUCCAUAACCAAACCACACGGGAGCCCAAACGAGAUGCAAAUGGGCCCUACAGGUAUCCCCCAAUGACGGCCCCAACGGUGCGCAGAACUAGCCCAUGGGCUUGGAUCGCUGCCGUACUGUGCGCUAUUCUGUGGGCCAUUAUCUUUAUCGGCGGCCUCACCAUUCUAAUCGUGUACCUAUUUUUCCGCCCCAAAAGCCCAAAAUUCGAAAUCUCCAGCGUCACGCUCAAUGGCGCGUAUCUUGACGCCGGCGCGCUUCUGAAUGCUGACCUCACCAUUUUGGCUAAUUUCACAAACCCCAAUCGCAAAAUCGCCGUCACGUUUCGAUACGUGGCCAUCGAUUUGUACUUCAAAGGGACCAUGAUCGCCACUCAGGGCAUCGAUCGGUUCUCUGAGCGGGCAGGAGAGUCGACGUUGAGGAGCAUACACAUGGUAUCGAGCGAGGUAGCCCUGUCGACGAACCAAGCCGAGGAAUGGAGUAGGGAGACGGGGGCACGAGAUGGAGUGAAGAUGGAGGUUAAAGGCUCGUUCGUAGCGGUAUCGGAUUUCGUGGGGACGUUCUUGCGUCUUAGUUACGGUUUGCGCGGACAUUGCGACAUUGCGGUCACCGGACCUCCUAGUGGUGUGCUGUUGUCCAGUAAUUGUACAACUAAACGCACAUCACUUUAAUUGGAAGUUUGUGAGAUCAAUUUGAUAUGUAAUUGGUUUUCGUAUUUUUGGUACUAAAGGGAAAGAUUGUUCUUAUUUUGAAGCAUAAUGUUAGCAACCAAAACGUCAGAUUUUUAUA